AGGGAGAGAGAGAGAGAGAGAGAGAGAGAGACCGUGUAAGAGAGAGAGAGAGAGGGGGAGACAGAGAGAGGGGCAAAGAAUAGAAAGAGCAUUGUGUUGCUGCUGAGAAAGAACCCAUGUCCGCACAAAGAGAGAUGAAAGAGAAGAACCCCUGGCACACGCCUGUGACCAUCAUCAUCACUGUGAUUGGUGUCAUAGCGAUUGUUGCCUUGGUGACGGUAGCAGUUUUGCAGAACAGGCCUCUCGCCCAAAAGUACAAGUAUGGGAUCGUGCUGGACGCUGGAUCCUCCCACACAGCUCUGUAUAUCUACGAGUGGCCGGCGGAGAAAGAUAACAACACUGGACGAGUUGAGCAGACACAUUCCUGCAAAGUCAAAGGUCCAGGUAUCUCCAGCUAUGCAUCAGCUCCAUGGAGAGCAGGGGAGUCUCUGAGAGACUGCAUGCAGGAAGCCAAGCUGCGAGUUCCCGGGAAAAGACACCCCGAGACCCCCCUUUAUCUGGGGGCUACUGCGGGAAUGAGAUUGCUCAACACUGAGAACAGCUCAGCAUCAGACAUGGUCUUCCACGCUGUGGAGGAAGCCCUGCAAAAGUCCCCAUUUUCCUUUCAGGGAGCAAGGAUUCUAAGUGGCCAGGAAGAGGGGGCCUUUGGCUGGGUCACAGUCAACUACUUGGACGAUCGCCUAAAACAGGGCCUGGAAACCACAGGCGCCCUUGACCUUGGCGGGGCGUCCACUCAGAUUAGCUUUGUAUCCGAUAAUUUUGACGGCUCGGAGUCACCCGAAAACGCCAUGGCCUUCAGACUCUACGGAAAUGACUAUAACCUGUAUACCCACAGCUUCCUGUGUUACGGUAAAGACCAAGCGCUACGUAAGGCGCUGGCACAACAGACUCAGUCAGGUCCAGGAACAAUAUUAGAUCCGUGUUUCCACCCUGGCUACAAUGAGACAAAGAACUACUCAGUCCUCUAUGACAGCCCCUGUGUGUCAGACAGGAAACCCCAGGGAGCUCCUGCAACCUUUACUCACUCGGGGAAAGGAAACUUCUCACAAUGCCUGGAUGUUGUAAAAAGUAUCUUCAACUUCACGUACUGCAGAUACAGCCAGUGCUCUUUCAAUGAGGUCUUCCAGCCACUUUUGCAAGGGCCAUUUGGGGCUUUCUCUGCUUACUACUUUGUGAUGAACUUUCUCAAUCUGACUGAUACAUCCAUCCCUCUGGACACUGUCAGGAAAAAGCUGACAAGCUACUGCUCGACCCCUUGGGAUCAGAUAAAGCAGCAGCAUCCAGGCGUAAAAGUAAAGUACCUGGCUGAGUACUGUUUCUCUGGCACAUACAUCCUCACCCUGCUGACCGAAGGAUACAACUUCACCUCAGAGAGCUACCCAAAUAUAAAAUUCAUCAAGAAGAUUAAAGGCAGUGACGCAGGCUGGACGCUGGGCUACAUGUUGAAUCUGACCAACAUGAUUCCAGCUGAGGCUCCCGACUCUCCCCCUCUGCCCCACGCCGGCUACGUCUCCAUCGUCACCGUCAUGGCAAUACUGCUCUUCGUCCUCUUCAUCCUCAGCCUGCGCCCUCUCUGGCCCCGUUGCUCCAAGCAGCCACAGAUCAUAUAAACACACACACACACACACACAUACAUAUACUGUAUGUAAUGAACGAUAGUGAUGAAGGGAAUAUGUGUAAGGGUUUGUGAGUGUGAAUAAGACUUUACACCUUCAAGCCGUUGUGAGGAUGUCAAAGGUCAACGUCUGCUGCAUAACAACAGUCCUGAAGCUCAUAUGGACUCAAGGACAUUUCAGAAGGACAAAUGCUUUCUCUUGCUGGGGAGUGAGUUCUUUCUUCCCUGGUUGAAGGACAUUUGCUGUCUUUGUGUGUGAAUGUGUAUGUUUGAGGUUGAGUGUGUGCAUUUGAAUGCGUGCUUGAAUGUGUGUGUACCCACAUCAGUCUGCAUGUAUAUGUCUUGAAAUUACAAUGUGGAUAUGACACUGUACAAAUAAAAUAACCGAAGUUUAUA